AUGGAAGUUCUUAGGACAAAAUACGGGAUUAAGCCUCGAUUAAAGAUAGUUAAUAUGAAUAUGACUCCUCACAGAAUCCCAGUUACGAAAAGAAAAUGAAAUAUCGCCACAAAGCUUUUAAAAAUAAGGAGAAAACGGAGACUUAAUAGUCCAAGUCCUGCCAGUAAAACUUUCUUAAAGAAGAGAAACAGAUCACCCUGAAUCACCACAAAUAAAGAGCCUGUUUCCUGACUCAGAAAGCAAAGACUCAAAAUGAAGAUCAAUCUGAAGAGUAAGAAAAAACUUAGAGUGAUAGCCAAAAGUCCUAGCCCAAAUCACGAUCUUAAGAUAUUCUGAACACCUACUGCUAAAGCAUAUGAAGAAGAAACAAAAAGAUACAUGGCUAUUAUAAAGAAGGUUCAGGAUGCAAUUGGCAGGAGCCCCAGAAUGUUCAAUUCUCCCAGAAUUCUUAAGAAAGUGCUUUUAUGCUGGGAGUCUCACAAAAGGAUGACCAACCAAACUCUUUCCAAAACCUCCCCAAAACUCUUCACCUCCCACAACUCCACUCAAACCUUCGAAAUCCCCAACCCUCAGUCUCUCCUCCCUAACUCCUCGUUCGGGACUCGAAAGCUCACCUACAACCCUCAGUUUCUCUAAAAC